AUGGCUACCCCGUUGCUCUAUGCCAAGUUUGAGGAUGGCUAUAUCUUCAAACUGGCUUCUUCUCAGAGCUCUGUGCUUCACAUUGGCCUCAAUGGAUCCCAGCUUGUGAAACCAGAGUUCUUCCCUGUGAGUGGAAUCAACUCAAUCGCCGCUAUAAUUGGUGUCAUUAGGCUUCGUUCGUCUCGGUACAUCGUUGUCGCUACAAAGACCACGGAAGUUGGUCAGAUCCGCCAGGAAUCCAUCAACAGAGUCACAGAGUAUAAGGUGUUGCCCUUGUCCAACUCGUUUUUGAAGGACGACGAUGAGCAGAAAUACCUUGAAUUGUUGAAAUUCCAUCUGGACAACGCGCAGUUGCACUUUUCUUAUACGUACGACUUGACAAAUUCUCAUCAGAGACAGGCCCAGCAGAAGUUUGACGUUACCACACCACUGUGGAGAAGAGCAGACGAUAGAUUCUUUUGGAACCACUAUGUCACAGGAGAAUUGAUCCAACUGGCACAAAAUGACUCUCGUGUGGACCCAUUCAUCGUACCAAUGAUUUACGGAUACGCCAAAAUCGUCCACACAACCACAAACAGCAAGCCAAUCUCGUUUGGUAUCAUCACUAGAAGAAGUAGAUUGAGAGCAGGAACAAGAUACUUCCGUCGUGGUAUUGAUGCCGAGGGUAACGUGGCAAACUUUAACGAAACUGAACAAUUGCUCAUCUUGCACAAUGCAAAGGAUGAAUACGACACCUGCAGUUACUUGCAAACAAGAGGUUCUGUGCCAGUGUAUUGGGCAGAGGUUAACAACUUAAAGUACAAGCCGGAGCUGAGCAUUGGUGAGCCCCCACUAGACGCUGCCCAAAAGCACUUUGAACAACAGGUUGCACUCUACGGUGAUAACUACUUGGUCAACUUGGUCAACGCAAAGGGUUAUGAGUUCCCUGUGAAGAAUGCGUACGAAAACGUUGUCACAGCACUCAACAACCCACACUUGCACUAUAUAUACUUUGAUUAUCACCAUGAGUGCAGAAACUUGAAAUGGCACAGGGUGAAGAUUCUCAUCGACCAUCUUAGCCAAUUAGGGUUGUCAAGCUCGGAUUACUACCACGAUCACAGAGUUGGUGCUUCAAUUAAGGUGCUCCACGUUCAGCAGUCCAUAGUCCGUACAAAUUGUAUGGACUGCUUGGACAGAACGAACGUUGUCCAAUCUACGUUGGGUCACUGGAUCUUACAGAAACAGUUGGAGAUGGGUAACGUAUUACCACAAGGGUCAGUCUGGGAAAAUGACAAACUCUUGUUGUUCAAGUUCCAAAACAUUUGGGCUGAUAAUGCUGAUGCUGUCAGUAAAGCCUACUCCAGCACCGGUGCUUUGAAAACCGACUAUACAAGAACUGGUAAGAGAACCAAGAAAGGUGCUCUUAACGAUCUAUUGAACUCUAUCACAAGAUAUUACAGAAAUAAUUUGAGAGAUGGUCCAAGACAGGAUGCUUACGACUUGUUCCUUGGUCAAUUCAGUCCAUACAGAGCUGUUGAUUCACCAUUCAAGGAUAACAGACCACCUUUUGUACAGGCUGCUCCAUAUUUACUAGUUGCCUCUUCUGUUCUUUUCCUUUCUGCUCUGCUAUUCCCAAGAGGAUCUCUAACCAGCUUAAAGAACUUGUUCUUGUUGGCAUCUUGUUUCGCCCUAGCAAGUUUUACUGGAUUUUACAUAGUUAAGAACGGGAUUCAAUUUGUGUACUGGCCAAAGCUUGUCGGUCUGGACUAUCUCGAUAAGCAUGACAUUAUCUCUGAUGGUAAGGUGUUGGGUCUCAAGUACACUAAGAGUCCAAAGUAUCAAAGUCCAGCAGAGCUUUCAAAGUCUGAUUAG